GGCUGUGGCUACGAAACAUCUCAGUUGCUGUGUGGAGAGAUUUGACGGAGGGACACUCCUGUACAUGGACCAUCACUGCGCUGCAAUCCGCCGCCUGCUCACACACACACACGCAUGUUAAUGCCUCGGUGAAAUCUGGACGUACACGGUGGAGAAAUCACGCAUGUGAAUAUUUAUUUUUUUGCAUGUCAGGAGGGGAGGAACUAGUCGCCGGGUCCGCGGCUGCUUGUCUUUUCUUAUCGCUUCUCCCCCCCUAUGUCACUCUAAUUAAACGGAGGCAUGUGGAAUCGCACCAGGAUUAGGAAUUGCCUCCCAAUAGUGUGCCUGCUGUUGACGUUAUGGACGGAGGUGUCCCAGUCAACCGGCUAUUUCGAGCUGCAGCUGAUCUCCGUGGAGAAUGUAAACGGCGAGUUGGCGGACGGGGAGUGCUGCGACGGCUCCAGGAGCUCCCAGGACCUGCGCUGCACUCGAGACGAGUGCGACACUUACUUCAAGAUCUGCCUGAAGGAGUACCAGAUGGAGGUCACCAACACCGGCGUCUGCACGUUCGGGGCUGGAUCUACGCAAGUUCUCGGUGGAAAUAUGUUUUCUUUUAAGAGCGCAAAGAAUAAUAAGAUCGACGAGGCUGGCAAGAUUUUGAUCCCCUUCCAGUUCGCCUGGCCGCGGACGUACACUUUGAUUGUAGAGGCCUGGGAUUGGGACAACGGCACACGCAACAUUGAGGAGGAGCUGCUGAUCGAGCGCAGCGCUCACACCGGUAUGAUCAACCCCGGCGACCAGUGGCAGACCAUCCUGCACGACGGCCCCGUGGCUCGCCUCGUCUACCGCAUCCGGGUCCGCUGCGACGACAACUACUACAGCAACAAGUGCAACAAGCUGUGUGUUCCUCGCGACGACUACUUCGGACACUACCGCUGCGAGCCUUCAGGGGCUCAGGUGUGUCUGGACGGCUGGAUGGGCUCCGACUGCACGACAGCGAUCUGCAAGCAAGGCUGCAACCUGUUACACGGCGGCUGCUCCGUCCCGGGGGAAUGCAAGUGUAACUACGGCUGGCAGGGCCAGUUCUGUGACGAAUGUGUGCUGUACCCCGGCUGCGUCCACGGGACCUGCAACAUCCAGUGGCAGUGCAACUGUGAGAGGAACUGGGGCGGCCUGCUGUGCGAUAAAGAUCUGAAUUACUGUGGUCGCCAUCAGCCUUGUGUCAACGGAGGAACCUGCAUGAACACUGAACCAGACGAGUACCGCUGCGCCUGUCCACAAGGAUACUCUGGGAAGAACUGUGAGAUAGCCGAGCACGCCUGUGUUUCUAACCCUUGCGCCAACGGAGGUACGUGUCACGAGGUUCCUACAGGAUUCCAGUGCCAGUGUCCGCCGGGCUGGGAGGGUCUGACCUGUGCCAACAAUUUGGAUGAGUGUGCCUUGAGUCCAUGUGCUCACGGUGGAACCUGCAUCGACCUGGAGGACGGCUUCGAGUGCGUGUGCCCUCCACAGUGGCAGGGAAAGACCUGCCAGAUAGAUGCAAAUGAGUGUGCAGGGAAGCCCUGUGUGAACGCUUUCUCUUGCAAAAAUUUGAUUGGCAGAUAUCUCUGCGCCUGUUUUCGAGGAUGGUCCGGACAAAACUGUGACAUCAACAUCAAUGGCUGCCACGGUCAGUGCAAGAAUGGAGCAACAUGCAAGGAGGGCCCGAGGGGUUACCACUGCCAGUGCCCACCAGGUUUUGUGGGGACUCACUGUGAAAUCCAGAGGAACAAGUGUGAGAGCAGACCGUGCCAGAACGGGGGCCAGUGCCACGCCGUGUUGGACAGCUUUGUGUGUCAGUGCCCACCACAGUUUGCUGGACAGCUGUGUGAGAUCUCUGGCUGGUCCCCCUCAGACGCUUGUGAUCCAAACCCGUGUGAGAACGAGGCCAAGUGCCACAGCAUGGAGCAGGACUUCUACUGCGCCUGUCCCGAAGACUACGAGGGAAAGACGUGUGAACGGCUCAAAGAGGACUGCCGAACCACCCCGUGUCAAGUGAUUGACAGCUGCACCGUUGCUGUAGCGACCAACGACUCAGCUGGAGUGCGACACAUCUCCUCCAACGUGUGCGGGCCUCGAGGACACUGCCUCAGCCAGCCAGGAGGCAACUUCACCUGCAUGUGUGAUCCAGGAUUUAAUGGCAUCUACUGUCAUGAAAAUAUAAACGACUGCGUCAGUAACCCCUGUGGAAACGGAGGAACCUGCAUUGACCUGGUGAACACCUUUCAGUGCGUCUGUCCUGACGGCUGGGAGGGUCGACUCUGCGACCUCAAUGUCAACGAGUGCAGACACAACCCGUGUAAAAAUGGCGGCCGCUGCGUCGACCUGGUGAACGACUUCUACUGCGAGUGUGCCGACAACUGGAAGGGCAAGACCUGCCAUUCCCGCGAGAGCCAGUGUGACGCAACCACCUGCAGUAAUGGAGGCACCUGCUACGACCACGGGGAUGCGUUCCGCUGCGCCUGCCUACCUGGCUGGGGAGGAAACACGUGCAACACAGCCAAGAACAGCACAUGUGCCUCCAGUCCCUGUUCGAACGGUGGAACCUGUGUGGGAGGAGGAGACACUUUCACCUGCAUCUGCAAAGAGGGCUGGGAAGGUCCAACCUGUGGACAAAAUAUAAACGACUGCAACCCUCAUCCAUGUUACAACGGCGGUAUCUGCGUGGACGGAGUCAACUGGUUCCGGUGCGAGUGUGCUCCCGGGUUCGCCGGCCCAGACUGCCGAAUCAACAUAAACGAGUGCCAGUCUUCACCCUGUGCCUACGGCGCCACCUGUGUGGACGAGAUCAACGGUUUCCGCUGCAUCUGUCCGCUCGGUAGAACAGGAGCCCGAUGCCAAGAGUUUAUAGGUAUCGGGAAGGCUUGCCGCUACACCGGGCUGCAGUUUCCUCAUGGCAGCCGUUGGGACGAAGAGUGCAACAGCUGCCGUUGUAUCAGUGGCAAAGUGGAGUGCACAAAGGUGCUGUGUGGUCGUCGGCCCUGCUGGCUCCGGUCUCCAGACCCGGACCAGAGACCGCAGCAGUCCUGCCCGGCCGGACGGGAGUGUCUGGAGCACAGCUACCUCACAUGCUUCUCCCCGCCUUGCAGUCAGUGGGGGGUUUGCUCCAUGUCUGGACCCUCACCACCACAAGCAACCACCAAGUGCCAGCCGAACACCCGGCAUUUGGACAACAGCUGUGGACGCAUAACGCUCGUUUUCAACAGAGACAAAGUACCACCAGGAAUAACAGUGGAGAACAUCUGCUAUGAGCUGAGGUAUCUUCCUGACACCCGACGCUUGGCAAAAGACCAUGCCCUUCUCCUGCUGUGUGACCUCUCCCAUUCCAAUCAGGAUGCUGUAGAGGUGGCUUUAUCAUUCCAGCCGGAAGAUCUGCCAGACCACAGUCUGAUCCAGGAGGCAGCCAGCGCCAUUGUGGGCACCUUGUCCAAGCGGCACAACAGCACGGUGAUGCUGGCAGUCAUUGAGGUCAAAGUGGAAACGCAGGUCAUGCCCCCCUCAGUGGAUUACUUGGUGCCUCUUCUAUGUGUGCUCUUCUGCUUGCUCUGCCUCUUCUGCAUCAUCGUAUGCGUUUGGUGGACCCGCAAACGGAGAAAAGAGCGCGAGAGGAACGCACGAUUGGGCGCCGACGACAACGUGAACAACCAGUGGCAGCCGCUUCGGCUCGUCGUGGGAAGUCAGCAGCAGCAGCAGCUGAAAGAGAGCAACAAGGACGCCGAGCAGGAGCGCAAAAAGCUCAUGGGCCCCUCCUAUCGGACGUGUGAUGAUGGGGAGGAGGAGGAGGAGGAGGAGGAGACAGAAGGCGAGCUUGAGCUCGAGGAUGAGUGUGGCGGAGCAGAGGCGGGAAAGCAGCAGGUUUCUAAGUACUCUAAGACUGCAGUGCAGUCCAGUGGGGCAGUGAUCUGUACCAUGCACAGCUCCAGUUCACCCCUCAAAGCGCCCCACCGGACCCCAGGCUACAGCCCCAAAGACAACCGCUGGAAAAAUGUCAGUGCCGUCUUGACUGGUCAGAAAGACCUCAGAGACCAUUGUGUAUAAGAAAUUUAAACAAAGGACUCGCAAUGUGGAAGCGAGAGACGCUGCAAGGCAGCGAUUAUUCUUAUUUUUGGACUACUUUUGGGAAGAAAAAAAGGCUUUGUGUUUUAAUAAGCCGUUCUUUGCUUUAGUCUUCAUGUUUUCGUCACUGUCACCUGAAAUGAUUUUUGAUUCAGGAGAGCACAGUGAACAUCCUUUUUUGCUUCUGUUCAAUUAUUUUUCGUUAAUUAUGUACAGAAGGAGCUGAAAUGUAACGGUUUUUCAGGAGGCAAAAGAAGCUCUCUGCAAUGUUUUUGUUUAUGGAAUUGUACCAUUUAAGAAACGAUGAAUCAUCGAAAAGGAGAAAAAAAGCAACCUGUAUAAAGAUUUUUUUGUUUACAGAUGAUUAUGAUUUAGUUAAAUUGUCAGCGGGCUCCUGUUCAGUGUCUGUGGAGGGGAGGGGGGGCAGAUACACAUUAAAGGGACAGUAAGAGGAAGGGUUUUGAGGGAAAUGGACUGCUGCAGCCGCAGUAACAGAGGAAACCCUCCCUUCGCUCUGUCUCUUUCCGGCUUUGCCCACCGAUCCACCUGUGGCCGUCAUGCGCCAGCCUUACCAAAACACUUGGCCUGGAGGGGGAGAGGGGACAGAAACCCCAGUGCCUACUAUGUGGCCUUCCAUUUUUUUGCUCCUGUCUCUCAGUUGUCUUGGCUGAAAGCUCUGUUUGAGGAUUUUUUGCAGUAUUUGAGUUGGUAGCAAGUGCCUUUCUAAGAGCCGCGUCGAGGCUCCGAGUCGCGCUGCCCAGUUUGACCUCCUUGUUCUCAAAUCUCAAAGGGAUAUAAGUGUACAUCUAGAGAGUUCAAUUUCACAGCAACGCCAUUCAAGGUAUUUGAUCAAAAACAGAAAUGAAUACUCUGUACAUAUGUGUAAAUACUAAAGGAGUCGCUGUGUAUAUUUGAAAUAAGUAACUUAAAGACAAGUCACACAUUUUUAUUAUUAUUAUUAUUGUUAUUAUUAUUAUUAUGAUUAAUAUUAUUAUUUUUUUUUUUUACAACGCCAUUCCUUUUAUUUAUGCCAGUCGAAAUAGGCACGUUUUAUAACACUUCAUAUCCAGAGUCCCACAGUUAAGAACCUUUACAAUGAGGUACCACCGAGGAAGGAUUUCCUGAAGGGUUUAGAAAUGGUCAGUCACGAGGACGCAUUUCUUUCUUUCGUGUGAUUUAAUUGUCACAUCAACAGUUGUGGCUACGUCUUUAGUGCUUUUUAAUUACGGUGAAUCAGUGAUGCUUUUCUACCGUAAAAUAACUGGUUAAAAAAAAUGUCCAUUUACAAUUUUGUCUGCUAGAUCUGGUCUCAAUCUUCAGCUCCCUUUUUCAUAGAAAUUCUUAACCACUAUGGCAAAAUGAACCUAUUGAUCUUGUUCACUGACUGUUUAUAAAGAUGGAUGAUGCAUCUCCACUUCUCCCACUGUACAAAUUGAAGAUAAAGUAUCCUGAUAUCGGCGCAGCCAUCUUGCACUAUUGACAUCAUUUGGUGCCAGAGUCAAUGACCUCACGCCCUCAGAUAACAAAACUUAACACUUAAAUAAACAUCAGCACAGUAAAAAAAAUCCCCUAAAAUUACAGAAAACAUCUUUGGAAAGAAAAUAAUAUGUAUAUCUGACGUGUACUUUGAUGUAUAUAGAUUCCCAGGGUUUGGAAAUGAAAUUAGCAAAUUCUCUAAAGCUGCAAAACAAAUUUGAGACUUAUAAUGAAAUGAACACAGCCUUUAAGUUCUAAAAUGACUUAUAAACAUCACAAAUAGGUCUAAAGGAGAGUUCAUUUAUAGUGUCUUCCAGAAAGUGAAGAGCUACCCAAGUGCAUCUUUAUAUAUAGUCUGUAAGAGUAGAUUGCAAAAACAUCCCAAAACUGUGUUUGUGCUCUUAAUAUUUCAUGAUUGCAUCGCAAAAAAAAAACAGAUUUUAAACAAAUUUAAAAGGAAAUGUGUUCAGAUAGGGCAGAAAGCUGUCAACCAAGCAAGUCAAUCGGUGAUGUCACAGUUUGUGACAUCACAAAAAGGGGUGUGGCUAAAUUUGCAGCUUUCUCAUGAUUUUCUUCCUGUGUGAGGCAAAAGCAGCCCUCAACUUCUACCUUAUUUGAUGAAUUAUCCCUUCGGCUGUAGUCGUUUUUUUAAGUUAUUCUCUAUUAGAGGCAUCACAUGUUUUUGUUGUUUAAUCAGGAUAAUCUGCAGGCAGAGCUGCAAAGCUGCCAACAUUAUAGCCUUAAAAAGUUCUCAAACCAUUUCUAAACCCGUCACAAACCCUUUUGUUUCAGGUGCCUUAAUGUAAUGCAUUAUUUGUGUAUCAAUGGUCAUCUUUUUAUGUUGUUGGUUUGUUUUCAAUAUUAAGGAAAGUAACUCUUUAAAACAUUGUGUGGUGUAUAGUGGCGUGUUUUAUUCGCCUGAGUAAAGUGCUCUCCUUGUCUCGCUUUGCUGUCAUCGAGAUUUCUGGAAUAAAACACUUGAUGGAGGAUUAAAAAAAAAAAAAAUGAGUCCACCAUGACUCUUUUGAGUGUCAUGAAUGUGGAUGUCAGUAGGUCAAAUGUGGACAUCAUGCAUUAGCUUCAUGUUUGGUUUAAAGGCUUUAAUGAAGGGAACAAUAUUUGCAGAUGUUUUUGCUACCAUGCAGAUGUGUUGUUUUUUUUGUUUGUUUUUUAAGUUACCAACUCAGUUCAAAAUGACCCCCUUUUUCAUAUCAUGUCAUUGUCUCAAAACGGCAUCGUAUUUUCUGUAAAUGGGACACAGCAAAAUAAAGAAUUAAAGAUGCAUCACUGCUGGUGUUAAAAGCUGAAUAUGCAUAUUGUAUACAUUUUAUUCUACAAGGGACAUAAGUUAAUUUUAUACAAAAGGUUUCCAUUCUUUUAGUGGAUGUUUCAUUGUUCUAAAUAAUCAUCCCAGUUAUUUAUUAAAGCAGUUUUGACACAUCUG